UCCCCCCCUAAGUCCCACCCAAAAUUCCUGAGGAUCAGGCAAAGGGAUCAUAGGGUAUAAUCAGGGUCCCUGAGAAACCGUAGAGAUUUUUGCCCAGUAUGCAAGGCUGGUUUUGAUGCGAAGGAAGAACGCGACGGAGCCGCGUAUUUAUCUAUCUAUAUCUAGGGAUAUAAUUUACACAGCAACUGGAGUGAUGAUAAAUAGUAGUUGCAAAAUUGCCCUCUAUCUAUCUCUCUCAUCGUGUUCCACUCACGCUGGUUCGUGGGGUUUCGCUCAGGCUGUUGAUAUCAUACACUUCAAAUUGGUUUUCUGGUCAAACAUUCUCCUACACCUUACACCAGUAUGUGCCGUAAUUCUUUUCUUCAUCUUGAAUCUGAACACUUGCCUUCAAUUUCAGGCUUGCACAUCCCCCUCACUUUGCCCAUGCUAUCGAUCCCACUCAAGUUGCGCUUGUUUUCUGCGCUCUUCUUGUUGUCAAGCCUCCUUGGAGCCAUAGCUGCCCCCGUCGGUGACACAACAGGUCAACUUGAGCAACGCAUGGACCGUAAGUCCCUCAGUUUCAACGUUUUCUGUAUGCUUGUACUCAUGGUCAAAACUUUUCAGCCCAGCCAAAGCCCAUCUACAGC